UUCGAACAUGCUGAACACAGCAACUUGACAAAUUUCAACGGUUUUAUGAGAGAAAAAGGUAAAACGGAGUCUUUACGUUAUAUAUACGGGAAACACCGUGUGCAUGGAUCCAAGGAUAGCUUGGUAUCCGCCUGAACAUUUGGGAUUGGCGCACGAUAUAUGGACAACUAUCUGGGAGGCAGAGAUAGGCGUGGACAACAUGUCCCUCAACAAUUCAAAUCCAAAUUUGGACCAAAAAGCUCAAGAGUACAUUCCACUAAACUAUGCUAAUAAUUUUGAUCAAAAGGUUGCUGUGAAUAACAGACAAAAUAGCAUUCAGAACUCACAGAAUCAAUACAAAAGAAAAUGGGAUAAUAAGGCCAGCACCUAUGGCUUGAAUCAUUCUUCUAAUAAACAUUUUCUCAGAGAAGAUGGAGGAUUAACACCUUGGAAACCAAGAGAAAAACAGUAUAAACUACCAGGACAUAUUGGGCUCCAUGAAGAGAUCAAGGAUUUCUUCGAGUACAUGUCCCCGACACCCGAGGAGGACAACAUGAGGGGUGACGUAGUUGAUCGGAUACGAAACGUCAUAAAUGGCCUAUGGCCACAAGCUACUGUUGAGAUUUUUGGUAGUUUUCGUACAGGGCUUUAUCUUCCAACAAGUGAUAUAGACCUGGUGGUGUUUGGUAAAUGGGAGCAAUUACCUCUUCAUACUCUAGAGAAAGCUCUGUUAGAAAAGGGCAUCACAGAUAAAGACAACAUCAAAGUGCUGGACAAAGCUUCGGUACCGAUUGUGAAGUUAACAGAUCUGCAAACAGAUAUAAGAGUAGACAUCAGUUUUAAUGUUCCUAACAGUGUCAAAAGUGCCAAGCUUAUCAUGAAAUUCAUGAGUGAAUACCCGAUAUUAAAGUACCUCGUGCUUGUAUUGAAACAGUUUUUACUACAGCGGGAUCUUAAUGAAGUCUUCACAGGGGGAAUCUCAUCUUAUAGUCUCAUUUUACUGACCGUCAGCUUUCUACAGUUGAAUCCACGAGAAGAUGCCACCAAUCCAAAGAUCAACUUAGGCAUCAUGUUGAUAGAGUUCUUCGAGCUGUACGGUCGACAUUUCAACUAUCUCAACACAGGUAUUCGAAUUAAAAACGGGGGCGCCUAUGUUCCAAAGGAUGACAUCACAAGAGAGAUGGACAAUGGUCAUAGGCCUUCCUUGCUGUGUAUUGAGGAUCCACUCACACCAGGCAAUGAUAUAGGGCGAAGUUCAUACGGUGCAAUGCAGGUAAAGCAGGCUUUCGAGUACGCUUACCUUCAGUUACAGUACGCUCUAGCUCCCCAAAAUAGACAUCUUCUUAGUGGACCUCAAAGCAUAUUGGGGCGUAUCGUCCGUGUUACAGAAGAGGUUCAAGACUACAGACGAUGGAUUAAAGAACAUUUUCCCGUAAAAACGAAGGAAGUUAGUAAAGUGGAUUCGAAAGCGAGAACGUACGCGAGUGUUGCAACGUCAACGUCCAAUCCUAAAUCAAAGUUAGAUCAGGACAAUAAUAACGG